GAGGCCGGGUGCGGGGAGCUGGGCGCAGGGAGCGGGCCAUGGCUGCGGCUGGCGUCCGCGGGCAGCGAGGCGGCGGCGGUCGGCGCGACGAGCCCCUGUGAUUGGCACAGCCGAGCCAGAGGAGGCGGCGCGGGGCGGGCAGAGGAGGCGGAGGAAGGGGCGAGCGCGGCGGCGACGCGGAGCUGAGCCUCCACCUUGAAGCUAGGACUGGGGCGGCCGCCCGGGGCGGGGACAGCUCUCAGCUUCGCGGCACGCACCCGCGCCAGGCAGCGGCCCCGACACCCCGGGCGAGCGGUCGGGCGGCGGCGGGGGAAGGAUGCAGGGGAAGAAGCCAGGCGGCUCUUCGGGCGGCGGCCGGAGCGGCGAGCUGCAGGGGGACGAGGCGCAGAGGAACAAGAAGAAGAAAAAGAAGGUGUCCUGCUUCUCCAACAUCAAGAUCUUCCUGGUGUCCGAGUGCGCCCUGAUGCUGGCGCAGGGCACCGUGGGCGCCUACCUGGUGAGCGUGCUGACCACGCUGGAGCGCAGAUUUAAUCUGCAGAGCGCCGACGUGGGCGUGAUCGCCAGCAGCUUCGAGAUCGGGAACCUGGCGCUCAUCCUCUUCGUCAGCUAUUUCGGCGCGCGGGGGCACCGGCCACGCCUCAUCGGCUGCGGCGGCAUCGUGAUGGCCCUGGGCGCGCUGCUGUCGGCGCUGCCCGAGUUCCUGACACACCAGUACAAGUAUGAGGCGGGCGAGAUCCGCUGGGCCGCAGAGGGCCGCGACGUCUGUGCUGCCAACGGCUCCAGGGGCGACCAGGGGCCGGACCCCGACCUCAUCUGCCGCAGCCGGACGGCCACUAACAUGAUGUACCUGCUGCUCAUUGGGGCCCAGGUGCUCCUGGGCAUCGGUGCUACCCCAGUGCAGCCACUGGGCGUCUCCUACAUCGACGACCACGUGCGCAGGAAGGACUCCUCCCUCUACAUAGGAAUCCUGUUCACCAUGCUAGUAUUUGGACCAGCCUGCGGAUUUAUCCUGGGUUCUUUCUGUACCAAAAUCUAUGUGGAUGCAGUCUUCAUUGACACAAGCAGCCUGGACAUCACUCCCGACGACCCCCGCUGGAUUGGAGCCUGGUGGGGCGGCUUUCUGCUCUGCGGUGCCUUACUGUUCUUCUCUUCCCUCUUGAUGUUCGGGUUCCCACAGUCUCUGCCCCUGCACUCAGACCCCGCCAUGGAGAGCGAGCAGGCCAUGCUCCCCGAGAGAGAGUAUGAGCACCCCAAGCCCAGCAACGGGGUCCUCAGACACCCCCUGGAGCCGGACAGCAGCGCCUCCUGCUUCCAGCAGCUGAGAGUGAUCCCGAAGGUCACCAAGCACCUGCUCUCCAACCCCGUGUUCACCUGCAUUAUCCUGGCCGCCUGCAUGGAGAUUGCAGUGGUGGCUGGCUUCGCGGCCUUCCUGGGGAAGUACCUGGAGCAGCAGUUUAACCUCACCACCUCCUCUGCCAACCAACUGCUAGGGAUGACGGCCAUCCCGUGCGCCUGCCUCGGCAUCUUCCUGGGCGGGCUCCUGGUGAAGAAGCUCAGCCUGUCUGCCCUGGGGGCCAUCCGCAUGGCCAUGCUGGUCAACCUGGUGUCCACAGCCUGCUACGUCUCCUUCCUCUUCCUGGGCUGCGACACAGGCCCCGUGGCUGGGGUUACUGUUCCCUAUGGAAACACCUCGGCAUCCGGUGCAGCCCUGGACCCUUACUCACCCUGCAAUAAAAACUGUGAAUGCCAAACCGACUCCUUCACUCCAGUGUGCGGGGCCGAUGGCAUCACCUACCUGUCUGCCUGCUUUGCUGGCUGCAACAGCACGAAUCUCACUGGCUGUGCGUGCCUCACGACUAUCCCACCCGAAAACGCGACUGUGGUGCCUGGGAAAUGCCCCAGCCCUGGGUGCCAGGAGGCAUUCCUCACCUUCCUGUGCGUCAUGUGUGUCUGCAGCAUGAUCGGGGCCAUGGCACAGACACCCUCUGUCAUCAUCCUCAUCAGGACGGUCAGCCCUGAACUCAAGUCCUACGCCCUGGGAGUGCUCUUCCUCCUCCUGCGUCUGUUGGGCUUCAUCCCACCACCGCUCAUCUUCGGGGCUGGCAUUGACUCCACCUGCCUGUUUUGGAGCACUUUCUGCGGGGAGAAGGGUGCCUGCGCCCUCUACGACAACGUGGCCUACCGGUACCUGUACGUGAGCAUCGCCAUCACGCUCAAGGCCUUCGCCUUCCUGCUCUACACCACCACGUGGCAGUGCCUGCGUAAGAACUACAAGCGCUACAUCAAAAACCACGAGGGCGGGCUGACCACCAGUGAGUUCUUUGCCUCUACUCUGACCCUAGAGAACCUGGGGAGGGACCCGGUGCCCCACCAGACACAUAGGACCAAGUUUAUCUAUAACCUGGAAGACCAUGAGUGGUGUGAAAACAUGGAGUCUGUUUUAUAAUGACCAAGGGUGGGUGAACUGUUAGAAAUCAAAGGGUCAUUUUUCAAAAAAAAAAAAAAAAAACACAGUACACACACAGACACACACGACCUUUGUCCUUUUCCUCAAAACCAGAGCCAGACAGGAGUCAGGACAAAGAGCUUGGGACCUUGUGUUUGCACUGCGGCCCAUGGGCCAGAACCUGCUCUGGGAGGCACCUCGUGGUCUUGUGGGAGGCCGACAGCUGCGAGCAACAGGCGCCGACAAGUUCAGGGAACAAUGUGGCCCGCGUGGAGAACGGAUCUUUCUGGAUACACACACCCCAAACAAAAAUAUAUAUAUAUAUUUUAAAAUGUCUACUAAGUGAAAUAGACCCAAGUUGACAGCAUUGCCAGGAUAAGCACUAGUGACAUAUCUGGUGCCACAGUCCUCUGUAGAUGCCUCAGCCCGUCUGCCUGUGGCCCCAGGGCCAGAGCUCUCUCAGCGACGCUACGGGGUGAGCCGUGCUAGAGGCUGUGAUUGGCACCUCUCACCAGCUCCAUUUCCAUGUUCAAGACUGAGGGCCUCAGGGGGGCAGCACCUCCCUUCCUGCCCCUCAGCCCCGCAGAGUGACCUCAGGAAGCUGUGGGCCUCGCUGGCUAUGACUGACUCGCUCAGAGCCGAUGAAACCCACUGUAGCCCAAGUCAUUUGCCAAACAUUUUGCCAUUUUUUUUAAAACAACAUGCAAUGCAUAUGAGUUUCAAACUGUUGUCUGUAUAAACCUCCAAUACUAUUUUUAACCACUUCUAAAAUCUAUGUUAACCCGUCAGUCACUAACAAUUCUCUAAGCUGAUUUAUUACACUGUUUGCUUUUA